AUGGGAAACCCCGGCCGGAACAGGCCGGGAACAAGCGGGGCAACUCUGGGACCGGGCCCCGAGCGGCGGCGGAUGCCUCGACUCGCCCGGACACGGCCCCCAGUGAUCAGCUGCGGCAAGGGCCCUGCUGGGAGCGGGAGACGCCUGCGGCGGGUCCCUCUGCUCCCCACCCCCGCUCGCCCAGGGCCCUUGGACCUUCCCCGGCGCCCGCGGCCGCUCCGGGCCCCGCCUCAGCCCUCUCCGGUCCCUUACCUUCCCGGCCCCGCAGUGCCCGGCGCCCGGAAGUGCGCACCGCCGGGCGCCAGGAAGUGCGCGUUGCCGCGCGAGCGGAGCUCCGCGCCAUGCUGCCGCUGCCUGCCGGCCUGCGCCCCCGACUGCGGCAUCGACCCGCCGUCCUCCCCCUUCGCCUUCGCCCCCCGCUGCCUCCGCCUUGGCCCCCACCACCCUCUCCUGGAGGAUGGGGACGUUCACAGGCACCUCUACCUCCAGGGUGUCCUCACCAGUCUCGGGGAGGUGGCGGAGAGACCCAAGGUGUCUGAAUUCAGUUGCCACAUUUCUGGGUGCUGCCAGGUCUUUGAUACACUGGAGGGCUACGAGCACCACUACAACACGCUGCACAGGAACGUCUGCUCCUUCUGCAAGCGCUCCUUUCCCUCGGGGCAUCUCUUGGAUAUUCACAUCUUGGAGUGGCACGACUCACUUUUCCAGAUAAUGGCAGAGAAGCAAAACAUGUACAAGUGUUUGGUGGAAGGCUGUGCAGAGAAGUUCAAGAGCAGCAAGGACAGAAAGGAUCACUUGGUCACUGUUCACCUUUAUCCUGCUGACUUUCGGUUUGAUAGACCGAAGAAAGCCCAAAGUGGCCCCAAGCACGUGAGCUCUCCGAUGAAGCAGGGUGCUGGCAUGCCGAUGGAUGUGAGCAUGGAGACAUCGGAGCCAUUCCCAGUGGACCCCACAGAAACAGGGCCCAGUGAGAACAUGGAGAUCCCUCAGCCUGCAGCCAGCCCCGGCCCUGAGGUGCCAGAGAAACGGCACUAUAAAUCCAGGAUCCCAUCCACAAUUUGCUUUGGACAAGGUGCCACCCGAGGAUUUAAAGGACCAAGGAAGAAAGUGUGAAGGCUCCCAGCGACACCGGGCGGAAGGACCUGGACACAGAAAGGGAUCUGGCCAGGGAAAUGUAAGAGGUGGCUCCCUGGUGGCUCUGGGCUCCCUGCACCGUCGGGUGCCCCCACCACUUGACAAAGUGACACCCCAAAACGUAAAGCGUUUCGGGGGGAAAAUAAAUUUCCCUCAUUGCUUUACGUGCCCCCUCCCCCCACACACCUCAAAGAUUAAAGGGCUCCCGGCUCCAUCUUCCCUGCAAAAUCACUUAAGCUUUCCGAACAUGGUGUCCCUUCGCUGGCAGUGGCACCCCUGUCCCAGACCCGGCCCGCGGGAUAAGCAGCACGCCUUCUGGGAAUAAGAGCCGUGGAGCCGCCGGGGGAGGGUGAGAUCACCAGUGAGGUGGAACCGGGUCUGAAGGGCUUUUCCAGCAGCGCCUGGGCUCAAGGGCGCCCCCUCCAGGCCCAGGUGGGACCAGAGGAGGACCGUGACCGGCUCUACCACCCCCGGGACGAUGCUGGGGAGGCUGAUGCCCAGAGGCCACCCCAGAUGCUGUCCCUGGAGGUGCAGAGGGGCCCGGAGGAGGACCGCGACCAUCUCUACCAUGGCUGAGUUGGAGAUGUGCCUGGGCUGCGAAGUGAGGGGUGGGAGUCACCUGAGGGAAAUCGUCCCCUCCCUACCCACCUUCAAGCCUCCCCAAUAAACCCAUUUUUCCCUCCGU